AUGGGAUUCCUCAAAAUUGGAACUCCAUUAAGUUGGGAGGAUGUGCAAAAAGUAAAAUCACUAAUCAGGUUAUAUGGCAUACUACAAUUUGUUCAUACGUACAAAUGUAACAAAGACCGAGUGGACGAGAACAUCAUGUUUGGGGACGAAAUAGAAUACAUCGUUAUUUGCAAUGAUGAAAAUUUGAAAGAAUCUUCUGCGCUUUUAUGUGCAACAGAUUUGAUUGAUGAAAUGAUGAACCUAGAAAGUGUUACCUAUUGUGAGUAUGGAUCUCAUUGGACUCCAGAAUAUUCUUCCUUCACCAUUGAAGGGACACCUUCCGUUCCGUUUAAAUUUGAUAUAAAUUCUUCACCCUUUGUUGAAGAUUCCAUGCGCAUAAGGAGAAUAAAACUGAACAAUGUUCUCAGUGCUAUUGCGGGAGUGCGGGCCAUCACUUUGCCAUGCUUCCCAAAUUCACUACUAGAGAAUAGCCUCCUUAUGGCCAAAAGAAUUACUCAAGAAACGGGGAAGAGGAAGGGUGACAGGGGGAAAGGUGUUGGUUCAGGUGGAGACACCUUGGAGACGCCAACAAGGGAACAUGUUAAUCAAAAGGAAGGGCAAAAGGGACAGGGCGAGAUGGUCAAACAAGUCAUCACGCAGGGAGAAUACAAAAUAACACUCAAUGAUAGCUCACAGACGUAUGCAGACGAGGGUAAGUCUACCCAGUUUGUAAACUCGGAUGUGAUUGCCCAGAAGAAUGACGACUCGUUGAUGCAAGAAAUGUGCGAGGACGAAGUGGGCAGCGCGGAUCAGGCGGAUCAGCCAGAUCAGGCAGACCAACCAGACCAGGCUGACCAAUCGAAUGAAUCAAACCUGACCAGUCAGGCGACCACACCGAACCAACCCAUCUUCAUCAACGAGGCCAAGGAAAACCUCCUCUUCGAAUGUGACCUGUUCAAACCUGAGCAGACAAGGAACUACAGCAACAGCUGCCUCGUCACCGACAUGGUGAUCAGUCCACACGCCAGGUAUGUCACUCUCACUAAGAAUAUAAGAAAACGACGGGGGACGAAAGUCAUUUCAUUUAACGAGAUAUACAAAGAUGAGAACACAGAGAAGAUGCCCAGGUGGGAACACUCUCUGGAUAAAACGGACAGAAGACUUUUCAAGAAAAUUAAGAAAAAGUACGUCCUCGAUGAGCACUUGAUUUGGAACAAGUCUAUGACGAACAGAAAGAGAGUAGAAUCGGUCCAGUCGGAUUUGCCUCCAAGUGGAGAUGUGACGUCUCCAGCAGUGGUAGAAGCGUCGGAGGAUCCCUACCCGGAGGACGCCCUCCCCGCGCCAGCCAGCCUAAUGAAUGAAGUGAUAAAGAAUAGUCUGUUCAGCAACCUGGACGAUGUGAAGGACCACAUCUACGUGUACGACCGCAAGUUUAUCCAGGAGUACUCAGAAAAGUGCAAGAACCCAAUUAAAAAUUAUGUUUACCUAGAUGCAAUGUUCUUCGGAAUGAGCAUGUGUUGUCAGCAAGUGACCAUGUCCUUUCCAACUAUUGAUGACGCGAAGUAUUUAUAUGACCAGCUAGCUGUUAUCGCGCCCUUGUUCCUAGCCCUAACGGCGUGCACCCCAUAUUUAGGAGGAUUUCUCACCGAGACGGAUACUCGAUGGAGAGUCAUAUCAAACUCUGUUGACUGUAGAACAGAGGAGGAACUAUCCUACCUAUCGAAGCCAAGAUAUUCAGGAAUAUCUUUGUACAUUUCUAAUGAAUUGCCACUUAGGAAGAACUACCAUUUCUAUAACGACAUAGAUGUGGUGUUGGAUAAGAAUGUGUAUGAUAAAUUGGUGAAAGAAAAUGUGGAUGAUUUUUUAGCUAGACAUGUUGCGUCUCUUUUUGUUAGGGACCCCAUCGUGGUUUUUGAGGGGUCCUACAGUGAGAAGGAUAUACAGUCAAUUGAGGGGAGGAUGAGUAAGGUGGGUUCCGACAUGGGAGUAGAUUCCGCCGCUUCUGGCGCCAGUAGGUUGGACGGAAACCCCAUGAACAGCGUGUACCUCAGCGACGAUUUCAACUUUCUGGAGGACUACGAAGAGACGGUGUUGUCCUCUCAUCAGCACUUUGAAAAUUUCCAAAGCACCAACUGGAACAGCGUUCGGUUUAAGCCGCCCCCCAUCCUGAACAACCACGGCAACGGGCCAAGUUCCAUAGGAUGGAGAGUAGAAUUUCGCACGCCAGACAUUCAGAUCACCGACUUUGAAAACGCCUCAGUCGUUACGCUAAUUAUGGUGUUGUCCAAAUUUAUCCUAAAGGAAAGGUUGAACCUUUACAUUCCCAUGUCGAUGUUGGAGGAAAACCUUUUCCGUUCCGCUAAUAGGGAUGCCAUUUUUAAGGAAAAAUUCUACUUCAGGAGAGAUCUAACAUACGACACGGAGGAUAAUCAAGUGGAGGAGAAGACCUUAUAUGAUAUUUUUUUUAACGAACACAAUGGCAUUUUCUUCCUAUGCUCCAAGUACAUUGAGGAGCAGUUCCGUGAAGGGCAACUUUCCCAUGCAGCUAAGAACAAAAUAGAUGAAUACAUAGAAUUUGUGAAGCAAAGAUGUGCUGGAAAAAUAUGUACAGGUGCCGCCUACUUGAGAAACUUCAUUUUAAACCACCCAGCGUAUGAGAAGGACUCCUACAUCAAUAGCAGGAUAAAUUAUGAUAUUUGUAAGCUCAUAGCUGAUAUAGGGAAGGGGCUUAUCAUCCCGCAGGAACUGCUGGGCGUGUUUGUGGACCCUUACAAGGAAAGAAUUAAAAGUGAUUUGCGGCAAAUUAAUGAAAGUCAAUAUGUGAAGAGCUUGGCUUAUAAGUUCAUCUCCGGGGAGGACUACACACAGUAUUUGCUGCUCAGCGAGGCCAUUAAGGAGGGUAAGGAUUACUACACCGGUACGCGUCGCAGCUACGGUGAGGAGUCCAUGGAUAACAACACGCUGGAGUUUGGGAAGAAGCUCUACCAGCUGAGUGCCUAA